AUGCGCUGGACAGACCUGCUUGUCCUUCUCCCUGCAGCCCCGUACCGACUGGCGGCUUUCCCCUUUGCUGCUCUCUUCCACCACCUCUGUGCUUCGGGGCACCUCUCUCUGACUGCCCGGUACAUAUUCCUCCUUGCCGGAGGAUGUCUCCUUGCCAGCACAGCCAUGGGCAGCUAUGCUGUGUUGCUCCUCAUCCCUGCCACUGGCUCUGUGCUCAUCCUCCUCUUCGUCAGCCCAGCUCAUGCCCACACCUGGGUCUUCGCUCUCCAGAUGUCCUGGCAGACACUCUGCCACCUGGGUCUGAACAGGCAGGAGCUGGACCCACAGGAUGCCAGGCCAGCCGUUGCCCUCUCUGCCAUCAUGCUGCUCACCCAGAAGGCUACGUCUCUGGCCCUGGACAUCCACGAAGGGCUCAUGCCGCUCCAGCUGGGCCAGGGGCUUUUGCAGCGCGCGCUGCCCUUCUGCAGCUAUCUGCUCUUUUUCCCAGCCCUCCUUGGAGGUCCUCUGUGCUCCUUCAGCACGUUUCAGGCCCGGGCCGAGUCCUGCGGUGCUCUCCCCCGCCCGCUGAGGGCUGCCGGCCAGCGGUGCCUCUCUGCGGUGGCCCUGCAGGGGCUGCGCACGGGGCUGGCAGGAGGGCUGGCCGGCAGGCAGGGCUGCGCCGGCCUGGGCUGCCUGCCCCCCGUCUGGGCGCGGGCUCUGCUCCUCAGGCUGGCCUACUAUUUGCACUGGGUGCUGGAUGAGGCCCUCCUCGAGGUGGCGGGCUUUGGGCCGGAGGUGGGCCAGGGAGACCUUUCCGUCCGCGACCUCUGGACACUGGAGACCACCCACCGCCUGGCCGUCUUCGCCCGAACCUGGAACAAGAGCACGUCCCGCUGGUUGAGGAGACUUGUCUUCCAGCGCUGCCCGGCCCAGCCACUCCUAGCCACCUUUGCCUUCUCUGCCUGGUGGCACGGCCUCCGGCCCGGGCAGGUCUUUGGUUUCCUGUGCUGGGCUAUCAUGGUGGAGGCCGACUACCGCAUCCAUCCCUUCCUCAGCGCCUGGGCCACCUCCCAGGGCAUGAAGCUCCUCUACCGUGGCACAACCUGGGUCUUCACGCAGCUCAUCGUCGCCUACAUCCUGGUGGCUGUGGAGACCGAGAGCUUCCCCAUGCUCUGCCUGCUCUGGACUUCCUGCAACAGCAUCCUUCCCCUCUCCUACGGCCUCGCACUGCUGCUGCUGCUUGCCAAGUAG